AUGAAGAGAAAAUCGUGUGGGCGGGCGGCGGUGGCGCGGGACCGGCAGUAUGGCGAGGGGGCGGGUCUGAUCCUGCUGGACGAGGUGCAGUGCGGGGGGAAGGAGAGCUCCCUGCUGGCCUGUGGCCACGCCCCCUGGGGGCGCCACGACUGCUCCCACAGCGAGGACGUGGGAGUGACCUGCCAGCCCGCCCCCGAGAACAACGACAUGCCUGCCCCCCCCACCCCCACCGGCCCGCUGGUGCGUCUGGUGGCGGGGGAGAGCCGGAGGGAGGGCCGGGUGGAGGUCUUCCUGGGGGGUCAGUGGGGGAGUGUCUGUGAUGACGGCUGGAACGACCUCAACGCUGCAGUGGUCUGCAGACAGCUGGGAUACAUGGGCCCAGCGAAGGGCCGCUCGAUGGCGUACUUUGGUGAGGGGCGUGGCCCGAUCCACCUGGACAAUGUCAGGUGCUCGGGGGCGGAGUCUUACCUGGGGGCGUGUCCCGCCGAGGGCCAGGGCGACGCCCACAACUGCCGGCACAGCGAGGACGCCGGAGUGAUCUGCGACUACAAGGCGGAGCCGGCCGGGAUCACCGCGGCAACGCACGCCACCUGCGGCGUCCGGCUCAACAACCAGCGGCGGCGCAGGCGCAUCGUGGGAGGAGACAAGUCCCUCAGGGGAGACUGGCCCUGGCAGGUGUCUCUGUGGCUGAAGUCUCUGUCCAAGGGAAACCAUCCCCUGUGCGGAGCCACGCUGAUCAACUCCUGUUGGGUCGUCACGGCGGCGCACUGCUUCAAAAGGUUCGGCAGGGACCCCGCGCGCUACAUGCUACGGCUAGGCGACUACCACACGGUGGAGCAGGACGACUUCGAGCGAAGCCUGACCCCGGAGCGCAUCGUGAUCCACAGGAAGUACCUGAGCCAGGGCUGGGAGUACGACAUCGCUCUGCUGCGGCUGAAGGGCGAGGAGGGGGGUUGCGUGGCCUCCAACCCCCACACGGGGCCCGUGUGUCUGCCGGCCCCGGGGCCCAAGCUGAGCGCCAAGAGGCCCGCGGCCUGUGUCAUCACUGGCUGGGGCAUCACAGACUCGGAGUACUCCCGCACCCUGCUACAGGCCUGGGUCCCCCUGCUGCCGUCCUGGAAGUGCAAGAAGCGCUACGGCGACCGCUUCACCAGCCGCAUGAUCUGCGCCGGCAGCGUCUCCGAGCACCGCCGCGUUGACAGUUGCCAGGGCGACAGUGGCGGCCCCCUGGUGUGCCAGGGGGAGGGGGGCCAGUGGGCACUGACGGGGGUCAUCUCGUGGGGUCACGGCUGCGGACACCCCUCUUACCCGGGCGUGUACACCCGGGUCAGCCGCUUCCUGCGCUGGAUCGACCAGGUGACCGGCAAGCCCUCCAAACACUGAACGCCGCCGCCGCCGCCAUGAUGACCACGGCGAUGGCGGCGUCGCCGUGCGGCGGAGGCGGUAACCGUGGUUACCACGGGACUUCACGGGACGUAGUGGGGGGGGGGGGGGCUGGGGACAUGUUUGUGUUUAGGGGUGAUCAUCACACUGGUUCUAUGUACUGUAGACACCCAGGAAGUAGGUACGCCGUAGGUCUGGGUGCCUCUGGGAUUCUGAGGGCACCCAAAGCUAAACAAAGACACUAAUUGAGUAACAUCUGGCUGAUCUGUCGUAGGACAGAUGUGUAUGAAGAUAUACAUGUGAGUAUAUGGAUAUGUCUGUCGCCCUGACGGGGGUUCAGCUUUUUGGAAUGGGGCGUACAGCCGUGACGUGGAGACCCAUGGUGUACCCACUACAGUGUGGGCGUCUACACUGAGGUAUCACCCGGCCUUGGCCGGGUGAGUAUUUACGCGAUGCCCGCUCGCUCCAUCCAUGCCCGGGUAUCCUCUCACGUCGCCCAUCCUCAUGUUGCUCCAGGCCCCGGUACCGUGUCCUGGUAAGCAUGCGCCGUUGUUGUCAGUGCUAGAGGCAGGUUACUGUAUUUGCUUCUGUGUGGCUCUCUGCAUGUGCCAUGGAAACAUGCCAACACCACCACCACCACCACCACCUCCUCACCAGUAGUGAGACAGUACAUGCACUAUGGCUGCUCCAUGCAUCCUUUAUAACCCAGUAUGGAUCCCCAUAGUGUUAGCCUGGGGAUCAGGGGGGUAAGGGUCUCAUCUGACUGACGAUUGAUGAGGCUUGUCUGUGUUUUGGAUUUGUACAUAUUUGACAAUCUGUGCGUGUUAUUGUGUUUCCUGAACAUUCCUGUUGUGUUGUACACACUUCCACUGCCUUCUCUUCCUGGUUAUUCACACCGCCGGUCAAACCGUUCAACCUGAGGACUCACAGGACGGGUCCGGCUGCUGUUGUUUUAUUCAAGGAGAUUAAAGAUGCUGAUGGUAAGAUUUAAGAGUAGAAAGAGAGAGAGAGAGAUAGUAAAUAAAGAGUUAAAGAUUUUUUAACAAAUACAACGCAGAAAAUUCAAUGUUCUCAAUUCUCCACAACAAUAACAAUACAACUGCUGACGACCAUUUCUCCAAAAUGACUCUCGAAUAAUAACAGCUCUCAAAUCUUACCUACUUCACCUUUAAGGUUAGCUUAAGAAAAUCUUAUUUUUUUCAUUGUGCUGUUCAUUAAGGGGGCCUUCAUACGAAAAAAAAAAACAUUUUCCAAAAAAGACAAAAGAACUACAAUGUGAUUAUGAACCAUCACAGGAGGGAGAUGGCCGAGUUCCUACAUCGCCAACAAUGCAUCAGAAGCUGCAGUAACUGUCUUGUUCACGUGCUGAUCUCUCUCUGUAUUGUUUACUUGGCUUGAAUAAAAGUCCUUCCUUCCUGCCA